GUUUUUAAUAGUUGGGAUGUUGCUAUAGAAGAAAUUGAGAAAUAUGCAUGUUGUAAAGGAUUUGGGACUAGGCGUCUUUGUGUAGAAAAAUUAGAAAAUGGUGAUGUUCAGCGAUGCACAAUAGUGUGUGAACACUUUGGUUGUCCUGAACAAACGAAAAGUAAGAACUCGCAAAAUAAAACUACAUCUAAACAUAUAGGAUGUACCUGGCAAAUAAAUAUUUCUUACCCAGAAAAAGAAAAUCCACAUAGGCUUAUUUAUGUCACAAAAAUAGUUGACAAGCAUAAAAAUCAUGAGCUUAACCCACCAUAUCUGGACUGGGAUCCUAAUACUAAGUGUCUUCAUCAGUUAUUUUAUAUGUCACCUGAGCAGAUUGAACUCUGGUUAAAAUUUAAUGAUGUUGUUCUUAAUGAUUGCACAGUGGCAACAAACUGUUAUAAAAUGGCACUAUCAAUUUUUUUAAUUGUUGACAAUUAUUUACACUUAUGUAUGGUAGUGCAAGCACUCAUAGAUGAUGAAAUGAUGGAAUCUCAUAGUUGGAUUUUUCAGAAUAUAAAGAAUGCCACACGUAAUGCUGUUUCACAUGCAAUUUUUACUGAUGUGGAUCUAGCUGUUUCUGCAGCAAUUCGUGAUGAGUUUUCUACAACAAAAUCUCUUCAUUGUAUGUUUCAUAUCUCUCAAAAUCUAUUUUCAAAUCUUAAAAGCUGCCUUGGAAAUCAAUAUAAUGAAUUUAUUCAGGAUUUCUACGAAAUGCAAAAAUCACUAUUUGAGGUUAUAUUUGAGUAUAAAUGGAUACAGUUGGUUAACAAAUAUAAUAAUAAUAAGAUCGUUAGUUAUUUACAACGUGCUCUUUAUUCAAGCAAAGAAACUUGGACAAAAGCUUUUGUCUUAACUUCAUUUACAGCUGAGAUGUCCUCAACUUCUCGAGUAGAAAGCUACAAUGCAAAAAUAAAGUGCUUAAUUUUUAAUACAAAUACAAUACUUUUAAGGCUUGCAGAUGUGUUGUCAACAUGUAUAUAUGAAGAAGACAUAAAAACAGAAUAUUUUCUUUUUCAUGCCUCAGUCCUCAGAGCCACUUUAUUUUCAAUUGCAGAAACUAUACUACCAAAUGUUUGUCAAUUAUUAAAAAAGUAUUUAACAGAAGAGGCACAAAAAAUUCAAGAAAAUCAAAUAAUUCAAGCCCUUCAUUAUCAUGUUAAUCUUAAUAAUUCUAACCUGUUCAAUAAUGAAAACCUUACUACUAUUAUUGCAAAGGCUUCUCUUGACCUUGUUGAUACCAGAAAGGCACGAGCAGCUACACUUUUGGCAAUUAAAAAUCGUGACAACAAACUUAUUGAAAUUUUAGAUGAAUAUUUAAAAGAGCAACAAGUAGAAAAGUCUAAUGUGGAUAAUGAUGAAGAAAGUUGUAACGAAUCUGAUAAAGAAAAUUUUAGUGCCAAAGAUUUAGUAAAUUCUCAUAAACACAAAGGAAAGGGAAGGCCAAAAAAAACAGAUAGAAAACAAUGCACAUAUGAACCACCAAAAAAAAGUAAAAAACAGAAAUUCCGAUGUGGCAUUUGUAAUGGCUUAGGUCAUAAUCGAAGAAGUUGUGAAGAAAAACAAUGA